CGAUCAUGAGUCAGAAUGGAAGCAAGCAACUUCAGAAAAAACUGGCGGUCACAGACGAUUUUAUAAAUUAUUGGGCGGACUGAAUCACCUGCCAUCGAUCACCCAUUCCUUACUGAUCAUCCGCCCACCAUGUCUAUGCUACAAAAGCUCAAGGAAACUACCACUGACUCCAUUUUUGUGGAAGACGAGGAUUUGGACAUGGAUGUCGAUAACAUGGACUUCCCAUUGCCUGAUGAUCUUUCAGCUAGCGGCACUGGUGGCCUAGAAGAAAUGAUGGCCAAGCUUUCAGCCGGACAAGUUCAGCGACCACCCCCAACGAGCAACACUCGUGAUAUCGCUGUUGUCAACACACCUCAAGGUGUUCAGCGUGUAGAUCCUUCGGUGUACAAAAACUGGGUUUGCGUUUAUCCUUGCUACAUCGAUGCUGACAAGUCCUUAGAACAAGGAAGAAGGAUAUCGAAAGCCAAAGCUAUCACCAAGCCUCACGCUUACCAUAUAGCAAUGGCCGUUCAACAAUUAGGAGGGAUGUCUGUUGUUUACGAGGGAAAGAAGCACCCUGCCGACUGGGCGAAUCCGGGCCGAGUGAAGGUUCAAUUGAAAAAUGGCCAAUUUUUCAGUAACCCUAACUAUACCUCUCGUAAGCAAUUGAUCCACGCUAUUGCUGAACUCAUGCCCAAGAUUCAAAAGGAGAACGAAAUUCCCAAACACAUUGUGUCGCCUAUGACUACGCUUCGAGAAAUUGAAGAGAUCGCUAAUGAACAAAGACGAGCUCAAGGAUUGCCUCCCAUUGAAACCACACCUCCACCGGCUGCUCCUACUGCUGGAGCUAUUGAAGCGCCCGAGUCUAGCUCGAGCAAACCCAAGAAAGUCAAGAAACCAAAAAUGAAGACCAUUGUUCGUCGCUAGAAAAACUGACAUGAUUUAUUGUACAUAAAGUUAACAGCGCGAAAAGUGCUCUGCCUUUUCGGAGGAAGAGGCUGACAAAAGAAACAUCAAAAAUGCUCUGCUUUUUUUCGGAGUGCGUGCCAUUCCGUUAUUUUGCUGUAUGAAACCAGGAUAGAGCAUAAAAUUUAUUAGC